UGCGCAUUGACGGUUCCUUUCAGCAGCCGGGGCGGGGAGUUAGACGUAGACAGACUGGGACAGUGUGGAGCGAUGCGGCGGGGCCAGGAGCAGCGGGACAGCCGGCUGCUGCAGCACUGAGAGUGUUCGCCUCCUCACCACCCUGUCAGGACAUUCUGCAGAACUAUGUACCUCUGGAUCAGCAGCUCAAUGUUAGUGCCUAUCCCCUUAUUGCUGCAUAUUUAAAUUAGACUUUUAAUAUCACAGCAGCUGCUCACCAGACACAUGGUGAAUUGCUUUCAUUCCCAGGAUUGCAUCUUUGACAGCCAAGCCCUCUCCAGCUUUUUUCAUAAAAGUGAAGACCACAAGGAUAAUAUCCGCUGGCAAAUCUGUGAAUUACUGCCCUCUAGAUUGCCUUUUCUCUAGCGUGUGCUCUAACGCCCCCUAGCCAUGGAGCAGGGAAUGGAUUACUGGUUAGCUCAGAUACAGCAGAAGGAUGUUGGCAAACGGCUCCAAGUGGGACCCGAUAUGAUAGAUUAUCUGUCGGAUAAAAAGAAAUCAACGGAUCUUGAACAGGAUCAGACUCUUCUUGAUAGGAUGGUCGAUGUGCUUGCUACUUCCUGGGUGAAUUCUAGCAAUUACAAGGUUGCAUUGCUGGGCAUGGACAUUUUAUCAGCUUUCGUUACACGUUUGCAAGAUCGUUUCAGAACUCAGAUUAGCACAGUUCUGCAGAGUUUAAUAGAUCGCUUAGGUGAUGCAAAAGACUCAGUCCGAGAACAAGAUCAAGCCUUGCUGAUAAAGAUAAUGGAGUUUUCUCCCAGCCCGCAGUACCUUUGGGACCGGAUGCUAGGAGGGUUCAAGCACAAGAAUUUCCGCUCACGGGAAGGAGUUUGUCUCUGCCUUAUUGCAACUCUUAACACAUACGGAGCCAACGGUUUGACGUUGAGUAAGAUUGUACCUCAUAUAUGUAACCUGCUAGGAGACCCCAACAGUCAGGUCCGAGACGCAGCAAUAAAUUGCCUGGUAGAAAUCUACAGACAUGUAGGAGAGCGUGUACGUGCUGACCUUUGCAAGAAAGGACUACCACAGUCACGCUUGAAUGUGAUUUUCACCAAAUUCGACGAAGUCCAGAAAUCCGGGACCAUGAUCCAGUCUUCGCUGGAUAAAAACUUUGAUGAUGAAGAUUCAGUUGAUGGAAACAGACCUUCGUCAGCAAGCUCCACUGCAUCCUCCAAAGCGCCGCCUUCUGCUCGCAAAUCGGUGACCAUGGGGACAGCUCGAAGGCCGGGGACAACUACUGUGGCCACCAAGUCAGGAGCAAAGGAAGGAGGUGCAGGAGCAGUUGACGAGGAGGACUUCAUCAGAGCAUUUGAAGAUGUUCCGACUGUACAGAUCUAUUCGAGCAGAGACCUUGAGGAAUCUAUCAAUAAAAUCCGGGAAAUACUUUCAGAUGAUAAGCAUGACUGGGAGCAGAGAAUUACUGCGCUUAAGAAAAUCAGAUCUCUCCUCUUGGCCGGUGCUGCUGAAUAUGACACCUUUUUCCAGCACCUGCGUCUUCUUGAUGGAGCUUUCAAGCUGUCCGCCAAGGAUUUGCGUUCACAGGUGGUCCGAGAAACCUGUAUUACCCUGGGGCAUCUUUCAUCUGUUCUGGGGAACAAAUUUGACCAUGGAGCAGAAGCAAUUAUGCCCACUGUUUUCAAUUUAGUCCCUAACAGUGCCAAAGUGAUGGCCACCUCUGGUGUGGUAGCUAUUCGUUUAAUCAUACGUCAGACACAUGUCCCAAGGCUAAUACCGAUCAUCACAAGUAACUGCACCUCCAAGUCUGUCGCAGUGCGAAGACGCUGUUAUGAUUUUUUGGAUUUACUUCUACAAGAAUGGCAAACUCACUCUCUGGAAAGGCACAUAUCAGUGUUAGUGGAGACGAUCAAAAAGGGACUCAAUGAUCCAGAUUCAGAAGCGAGGAUAAUCGCACGCAAGUGUUACUGGGGAUUCCACGGUCAUUUCAGUAGAGAAGCAGAACAAUUAUUCCACAGUCUGGAGUCCUCAUAUCAAAAAGCACUUCAAUCCCAUUUGAAAAACUCUGACAGCAUCGUCUCCCUCCCUCAGUCAGACCGUUCCUCAUCCAGUUCCCAGGAAAGCCUGAACCGCACACUAUCAGCCAAAAGAAGCCCCCCUGGCAGUUCUGCGUCCAGAGUUUCCACAGUAAAGUCUGCAGCUCUCCCUGGUUCUCUGCAACGGUCCCGCAGUGACAUUGAUGUGAAUGCAGCAGCCAGCUCCAAGUCCAAAGUGGCAUCUUCUAACACAUCCGCGCCUUUCAGUUCGGCUGCUGCUUUGCCACCUGGGUCUUAUGCAUCCUUAGAUGGUCCCACUGCUAAAUCUGAGGGCCGAAUUCGUACAAGGAGGCAGAGUUCCGGAAGCAACAGCAGUGCCACCUCCAUUCAAGCUGACACCCGUGGGCGUAGCAGAGCGAAAAUUGUGUCUCAGUCCCAGCGAUCCCGAUCAGCGAAUCCAGCCAGUGCCGGUAGCCGUUCCAAUUCUCCAGGAAAAGUGCUGUCAAGUGGGUAUGGUGUGUUACCGACCGGUGCCCAGAGGGUCCCACAGAUACCAUCCUCUGAUAAAAGGAGCAAGAUUCCACGCAGUCAGGGCUGCAGCCGAGAAACCAGCCCAAGCAGGAUAGGAUUAGCCAGGAGCAGCCGCAUCCCUCGACCGAGCAUGAGUCAGGGGUGCAGCCGCGACACCAGCCGUGAGAGCAGCCGUGAUACAAGUCCCGCUAGGGGCUUCGCACCACUCGCCUCUCGACGUCAUUCCAGGUCCACUAGUGCGCUCUCCACCUCCGAGUCUGUGGGGCAGUCAGAUCGCUAUGGAAUGGGACAAUCUGGCAGGAUACCGUCCUCCGUGAAUGCAAUGAGGGUACUCAGCUCCAGUACAGAUCUGGAAGCUGCAGUGGCAGAUGCUUUGCUGCUGGGAGAUCCCCGGAACAAGAAAAAGCCAGUGAGAAGACGCUACGAACCUUAUGGAAUGUAUUCUGAUGAUGACGCAAACAGCGACGCCUCUAGCGCAUGCUCAGAAAGGUCUUAUGGCUCAAGAAAUGGUGGGAUUCCGCACUAUCUGCGUCAGACUGAGGACGUUGCAGAGGUUCUAAAUCACUGUGCCAGCUCCAAUUGGUCAGAGAGGAAAGAGGGACUGAUUGGGUUGCAGAACCUGCUCAAGAGUCAGAGGACACUCAGCCGUGUGGAGCUUAAGAGACUGUGUGAGAUUUUCACUCGGAUGUUUGCUGAUCCCCACAGCAAGGUAUUCAGCAUGUUCCUAGAAACAUUGGUGGAUUUCGUCAUUAUUCACAAGGAUGACCUGCAGGACUGGUUGUUCAUAUUGCUCACCCAACUCCUGAAGAAAAUGGGUGCUGACCUGCUGGGCUCUGUGCAGGCCAAAGUCCAGAAGGCUUUGGACGUGACAAGGGAUUCCUUUCCUUUUGACCAGCAAUUUAACAUUUUGAUGAGGUUCAUUGUGGAUCAAACUCAGACGCCAAACUUGAAGGUGAAAGUUGCAAUACUGAAGUACAUUGAGUCCCUCGCCCGGCAGAUGGACCCUACAGAUUUUGUGAACUCCAGUGAAACACGACUUGCCGUCUCUAGAAUCAUCACCUGGACUACUGAACCAAAGAGCUCAGAUGUGAGAAAGACCCUGAAUAACUGGGUGUGUGAUGACCUUGCUGCCAGACCCAGCACAGCAUCCUCCGGGCCCGAAGGAAGCCUGGAAGAAAGGUGUAAACAGGCUGCACAAAUAGUCCUGAUCUCUCUAUUUGAACUGAACACACCAGAGUUCACAAUGUUACUGGGUGCUUUGCCAAAAACAUUCCAGGAUGGUGCGACCAAACUACUGCACAACCAUCUCAAGAAUUCCAGCAACAGCAGCAUGGGAUCACCAAGCAAUACCAUGGGCCGUACUCCUUCCCGACACUCCAGCAGUCGCUCAAGUCCUUUAACCUCUCCAACGAACUGUUCUCAUGGUGGCCUCUCCCCAAGUUUGCUGGAUUAUGACACUGAAAACCUGAAUUCCGAUGAAAUCUACAGCUCCCUUCGUGGCGUCACUGAAGCCAUUGAGAAAUUUAGCUUCCGUAGUCAAGAGGAUCUUAAUGAGCCGGUUAAACGGGAUGGAAGGAAGGACGGUGACAUGGUCUCCCGAGAGGCUGGAAUGGCAUCUCCUGUGAGUGACCUCCGUGGAGGUUCUGAUGUGGUGGAAGGAGGACGGAUGGCAUUAGAUAACAAGACUUCAUUGCUAAACACUCAACCACCACGUGCUUUCAGUGGGCCACGAGGACGAGAGUACAACCCUUAUCCUUACUCUGACUCAAUAAAUAGCUAUGACAAAACUGCUCUGAAGGAAGCUGUCUUUGAUGAUGAUAUGGACCAGCUACGUGAUGGUUUGUUGCCUCCAGUUUCCAUUGAUCACUCUGACCUAGUCGCUGACCUUUUGAAGGAACUGUCCAAUCACAAUGAACGGGUGGAGGAGAGAAAAGGAGCCCUUUGUGAGCUACUGAAGAUAACACGAGAAGACAACCUUGGAGUUUGGGAGGAGCAUUUUAAAACUAUCCUCCUUCUCUUGCUGGAAACUCUAGGAGACAAAGAUCAUGCAAUUCGAGCCUUGGCCUUAAGAGUACUGCGUGAAAUUUUGCGGAACCAGCCAGCCAGGUUUAAAAAUUAUGCUGAGCUGACGAUCAUGAAGACACUUGAGGCUCACAAGGAUUCCCACAAAGAGGUUGUACGAGCUGCAGAGGAAGCGUCAUCUACCCUCGCCAGCUCCAUACACCCUGAGCAGUGCAUCAAAGUUCUCUGUCCCAUCAUCCAGACAGCUGACUACCCCAUCAAUCUGGCUGCCAUCAAAAUGCAAACUAAAGUCAUUGAGCGGAUUUCUAAGGAGUCACUGCACCAAAUCCUGCAAGAUAUUAUCCCAGGCUUAUUACAGGGCUACGAUAAUACAGAGAGCAGUGUCCGUAAAGCAAGUGUCUUCUGUCUCGUAGCGAUUUAUUCAGUGAUUGGAGAAGAGCUGAAACCUUAUCUUGCACAGCUGACAGGCAGUAAGAUGAAACUUCUGAAUUUGUACAUUAAAAGAGCCCAGACGACGAACAGCAACAGCAGCUCCUCUUCGGAUGUUUCCACGCACAGUUAGUGGGCAGGUUCAGUCCUGAGUGGCUUUUAGAAAGUGUCGGCAGAGACCACGCCAGCACCUCCCAUACACAGGGUGUGUCCAGUGGCGGACCAUUAAAUAUUAACACUAAUAGAAACUACUACUUCAUCACUGGAAAGGCUGGCGAGGAUUCCAGCGCUGAAAGGGUUUCAUUAGUCAAGAAAAUGGUGUUUCUCUUGUCCAUUUGUUAUGAAUUCCUAAAAACAGCCCCAUCUAGAGCUGCAAGGUGAAGAAGCGAUCAGCGGUGCCUCUCAAACCUUUUCUGAAAAUGCACCUCCCAAUAUUUGUUGCAAUCAGUAUUUUAUUUAACAAAACUGUAUGUGAAUUUUUUUUCUUUGUUGCUUUUGGAAUUGAAUGUACACAGAGAUUUGUGGUGCAACUAAAAAAUUCCCAUAAGGAAAAUUUUGCAUUUGAACUGGCUUUAGAAUUUACAAGCAAACCAAGGUUUGCGCCCUAAAAUUCUUUUUUUUUUUUUUUUUUUUUUUGUUUAUGCUGUUUUAUUUUGUAAAUAUUCAGCAAAAUAAUUUUACAGCUGCUGGUAAUAUCCCUUUUAGAGGGAGCUGGAUCCACAGUGUUUAGCUGCACACAUUAAAAGAUUUCACAUUCAGCAAGUGGAGAUGAUGUUGUUAUUUAAAUUUAACCUUUUUCCUUUCGCUGGUUCUUGGCAUUGCAUUAUCCAGCCCAAUGUGUCAAAUGAUCUGUGCUGUGGAGCUUGAACUGACAGGUCAGCAGCUACAUCUGAUCUGCCAUAUAAAGAGCAUUUUAUCAGGGAUUAUUAGGAUGUUAUAUCUUUUAAACACAACAAUUUUAGUUUAUGGGGGAGCAUUUUUUUCUUAAACUUGUCUAAAUGGUGUAAAUGCUGGCAGGUCGCCAUUACUUAUCUGUGAACACCAUAUGCUAAUGUUAUCAAGUGAUUUAUAUUAUAUGAUCUAUUAGGUAUGACAAAGUCUUAAACUCUGUAUUUGAGAUUCCCUAUUAAGGUAAAGGUUUAAAAAUAUUUUAAGGGUUUUACACGUGAGUCACAUGACAUUGCUAUAGUUGGAAUGCGCUGCCAAUAAAACUGAUAAAAAGUUAAGAAUAACUGACAUAUUAGAUAUUACACAUUUUGCCUGUGUAGCACAAUAAGACGUUUAAUAUAACCACAUUAUUUGUGCAGAUUAGCCGUGAUAUAAAAUAAGGAAAAACAUUCACAAAUGUCUUUUUAUAGAGAUAUUCCCUCUUUUAUUUCAAAUGAUAGUAAGUGACUGAGGCUGGACCUGCACACACUACAUCUGGAUGUGAUCCCAGAUCUAUUACAGCCAGAUAGAUAAUCAUUGUGGUUGUAUUCAUAAGCCAGUCUCCCCAAACAUGUCUCCAAGGCCAGAUAUAUCUUACCUGUAUCAGAGCAUAUCCGCAGCAACCCAUGCUGAUCCAUCUGUGGAUAACCUUAUCCAUGAGCUUACUCCUGUUCUUUCUGCUAUUUUGUCUGUCCAAUGUGACUCUGCAGCACAGGUGAGGGAAUCAUCUUAGACUCUUAUUUUGAUUUUUAGUGUUCGUUUGAUUUAUUUAUAAAAUAUUUAAUCACAAUGUAAAUAGAAUGCCUCACACUUUCCUUCUAAUAUUGAUGGAGACUUUGGCACUGUAUGUAUGAGAUUAUUUCCAAGGCUGCACUUCCAAUUUCUGGAAUGCUGCCUUUUCCCACUCUUUCCAGGAGGAAAACAUAUGGAAAAUGUCCACUCAUGAAGGUGCUAUAUUAAACUAUUGUGCAGAGUUACAGACACAGGCUAUUUCCGACCCUCCAUGUAGCAGAUUAAUCACUGACUAAUCCAUACUACAAACACGAGGAAAGAUCCAAUGUCUGUAAUGAUGGAGUUGGAUAUUUUUCCCGUAAUGACCAUUAUUACUCAAAUUCACAGCAGCUCCCAAUGUCUGUGCAGCAUACUGUACAUUUCUAAAGAGGGUGUUGGUCUUAAAUAAUUUUAUGACACUGUAAGGAUUUCUUGUUCCUUCCAAAUGAAUGGCAGCAGUCUGAGAAAAAUUAAAUGGAUCCUAGUGAGAAACAUACAGUUGUUUGGGGUACUGACCUCUAGCCAUCAAAAUGACCACCAGUCCCAGCUGGUAGUUAUUUCUGAGAACACUUUAUCACUGAGAAAUUAUUUCAACACAAGAAAAAAGGAAACCACUUAUGAACCCACCCUCCCACUUUAAAAUACUGUAGUGCAUAAAUUUUGAAGGCAUGUCUCUCAUUUGCCAGGUUCACAGUCAGUGAACUUUCUUAUGUUGCCUACUAACAGCCUGAACACGUCUUGAGAGUACUAUGUAUCACAACUCUCCCCUAACGUGCAUAAUAGCAUUGCAAGCAGCUACCCUGUAUAUUAUUUAUAGACCCUGUCAAUGUGUAAACUGAUGAGAUCUUGGAUCUUUGUCAGGGGUUCCCCAUUGUGGUGGGGUGGAGAAGGCUAAAGACACAAGUUAUGAAUUAAUGAAUACUUGGUUAAUAUGCAUGUUUUUUUUUGGUUGUUUUUUUUUUGGUCAUGUUACAUCUCUGUAUUUAUAUCUUGAUUUUCCCUUUCCCGUGUAUCAUGGCAGUUGUACAGAUCAGCUCUUUGGGUUUCUUUAUUUGUUUUCUUUUUUUUUUUUUUUUUUUUGUCUUCUUUCAAAUUUUUGUUGCAUUAACAUGUAUGUGAUAGAAUUUGCUAUAAAAGAAAAUGAGAAGAAAAGAAAAAAAAUCCUGAGUUUGCUUUAGAAUAAAUUAAAUGUAUGUUUAAA